AAAGCGGAAAUAACAUGCGUUUUUAUUGUGCUUCCUUUUUUUCGUUGCCCCGUGGCGUUCUAUUCCCACAUUUAUUAUGCUCGGUAUUCUGUUGAACAGUUGCAUAAAGAAGCGGUUACCGACAGCCACAUACAAUCACAACUACCGAGAUGUGUUGCUUCUCAUAACUGAGGAAUAUUGUGCAAGCAGGAUGACAGUUUGUCAAUGGUAUAUUCACACAUCUCUGAGGAAUCUGAGCAUGAUCGGCGUGCUGUAGUCUCAGAGGAGCAUCAUUACAAGAGAAAUGUGACACUAGAGCACACCCUUCGCUUUGCUUGGGAAUGGAUUAAAGUGAAAGACUUCAUCCUUCCUAAAGGUUACGUUUUGACUGGGUGGGAAUGCAAAACUGUGGCUGGUAAAGAGCACCCUGCCUCUCAGAAAUGCCCAGACGGGGGCUUCCUCUGCAGGGGCGGGCGCGCUGGCUUCUCCUGGGUAUAUUUUUGCUCCUGGUGCUGCUGCUCUUUGCUUACCUGCUGGAAUGCACGCCCCCUGCAGAUGUGAGUCAGGUGCUGCCUGGCCUGGGCGGAGAUCCGUAUGGGAAGGAGUAUUACCAGGCCCUCCUGCAGGAGCAGGAAGAGCGGCAUCUCAGCCGAGCGGCCAGCCUCAAGAGGCAGAUCGCACAGCUCAAACAAGAACUCCAAGAGAUGAGCGAGAAACUGAGAAUACUUCAAGAAAAAAAGGAGGGUCCCGGGCCACAGAGCCUGAUUGAUGGCAGAGAUCAAGAGCCGAGUGACCUCUUGGAGUACCUGCACUCACAAAUCGACAAAGCAGAGGUGAAUACAGGAGCGAGGCUGCCAAGCGAGUACGCGCUUGUGCCCUUUGAGAGCUUCACCACCACAAAGGUGUACCAGCUGGAGAUGGGCCUGACGCGCCACCCCGAGGAGAAGCCUGUGCGGAAGGACCGGAGGGAUGAGUUGGUGGAGGUGAUAGAAGCGGGUUUGGAUAUUAUUAAUAACCCAGAAGAUGAUGACGGACAGGAGGACAACAUCCCCAUGCAGAGGCAGACGUUCACAGAAAGCCAUUUUUUUGAGGGACUCUACAGGACCGAGAGGGACAAAGGCACACUGUAUGAGCUCUACUUCGCUAAAGAGAAUUCCCACGAGUACCGUCACGUCACCCUCUUCCGUCCAUUUGGGCCCCUCAUGAAAGUGAGGAGCACGUCUGUAGACGCCGCCAGCACCAUCAUUAACAUCAUAGUGCCACUGUCAGGCCGUACUGAAGCCUUUGUUCAGUUCUUGCACAACUUCAGGGAGGUUUGUAUACAGCAGGACAAGCGGGUGCAUCUCACAGUGGUGUAUUUUGGUCAGAUGGGCUUGCAGGAGGUGAAGGCGUCUUUGAAGAAAAUGUCCAGCGAGGAGAACUUCAGUAACUACACUCUGAUCCCUGUGGAUGAGGAGUUUUCACGUGGCCGUGGUCUGGACAUUGGAGCUCAUGCGUGGGAGAAAGGGGGGGACGUGUUGAUGUUCUUCUGUGACGUUGACAUCUACUUCACCCUGGAAUUUCUUAGUACUUGUCGGCUUAAUACAGCUCCAGGUAAACGUGUUUUCUAUCCGGUGGUUUUCAGUUUGUACAAUCCAGCUAUAGUUUAUGGAAAUCUUGAGUUUCCACCCCCAAUUGAGAAUCAGCUGAUUCAUAAAAAAGAUGCCGGAUUCUGGAGGGAUUUUGGAUUUGGCAUGACUUGUCAGUAUCGCUCUGACUUUCUAAGCAUUGGAGGAUUUGAUCUGGAAGUGAAAGGCUGGGGUGUAGAAGAUGUGCACUUGUACAGGAAGUACCUACGGAGUGAUCAGAUUGUGAUCCGCACUCCGGUAUCAGGCCUCUUCCACCUGUGGCAUGAGAAGCUGUGCGCAGACGAGCUGACCCCAGAACAGUACCGCAUGUGCAUCCAGUCCAAGGCAAUGAAUGAGGCGUCACACUCUCACCUGGGCAUGCUUGUGUUCAGGGAGGAGAUCGAGACUCACCUUCGAAAGCAGGCCUACAAAACUCAGAGCAGACCAGCAGAAUGAAUCAACAAUGCAGCAAGGAGCACAACUUUGUUGAUAACAGCAAUGAAGAAAUGGGUCAAAAUAAUUGUUUUCAUAUUAUCUGAACUAAAGUCAAAUCUAUAUAAUUAUCCAAGGAUUACAGAAGACUUUGACAACAAAGACUAAGUGUUAUGAGAGGAUGGUACUGAUUGGUACUACAUAAAGCGUUUACACUUACUUUGAUUUACGUUCUGAAAUAGUUUGCUUUAAUGCCAAUUUAUGCCAGUUUAGGUGUUAAGCACCUAACCUUUUUGGAUUUGUUUACUACAUGUGUGAAUAAUGACCAGUCCCUUUGGGGAAAUAAGUUACUGGAGAGAUUGUUUGGGCCUCAUUCAUGAAAAUAAGUUUGUGGAAGCAAUUCAUAAAUUUGUUGUGUAAAUUGUCUUGUUGAAGUGAAUGCAACAGCUUGCAUAAAAACAUGUUUUAGGGCUGGGACAAUACAUCGAUUCUCGAUACAAUUAUUCUGUAUCGAUUCAGAUAUUUUCCGAAUGUAUCGCCAAUCGAUUCUGAGCUUAGUUUUUAACAGCAGAUGGCACUACGUGCUUUAGAAACAACCGUACUCUGCCUGCUUCCAAUUUACUUGAACCUAAAAUAAUCAUUCGUAAAGUUCGAAAAGGUUGAAGCGAAUUACAAGGGUGUUCGCAGUGGGCUGUUUACAUUAAUUUCGCGUCAUAAAAGGUGCAAGUAUAUUUAACCACUUACAUGACUCAGCCGAACGCACGAACGCUGUCAGCACUCUUCUUUGUGAGCGUUUGAGUGUGCGGUUAAAAGCUAGACUAGAGCGCCAUCUGCUGUUAAAAACUAAGCUCAGAAUCGAUUCAAGAAAGAAUCAAGAUACGUUCGGAAAAUAUCAGAACCGAUACAGAAUAAUUGUAUCGAGAAUCGAUGUAUUGUCCCAGCCCUAUUUUAUACAAAUGAUUUGCACAGAACUUGUUCUACUCUUGAUUUGUGUAAAGCAUGUUUUUGUUUUUUGCCAUUAAUUGACAAAGCCAUGUUACAUUUUUAUAUUAUUUCUGUUGAAAAUGUGUAUGGUGUGACAAAAAGGGAGAUAUGUUGCUAAAAGGGACAAUCAUCCACAUGUGGAUGUAGUUACACUUGCCAUGCUGGAUUUGUACUGUAGGUUGUUUCUGCUGGAACAGUAUUCAGACUCUUCCCCAAUCUUCCACAUUUUUGCUGUGUGAGAUAGCAUGGACCUGAUAUGCAUUGAUGCAUGUGUCAAACCUUUACUUUGCACCAUGUGUGAGGACACUGGUCAGUGCCAUAGCGAUAUCUGUCAGGGGUUUAUGUUACAGGCUCUAAACAUCCAAUGCUUUGGCCUGUGCAACCACUUUGAAAUGAAUCUGUGGUAUAUAGUAAAUUGAGGUAUUAAAAAAAACAGCUGUUGAUGAAGACAUUAUGUAUUAAUUCCACUUAAACUGGCAGGUAGAUUAAAACUAACCGUUGCUAUCUAUUGUAGAGCCUCCAAUUGAUCAGGAUGUUGGGUUACAUUGCUCAUUUUCUAAAACAAAUAAAAGGAUUACAACAAGCUA